CGGUUGCUUUUGGCGAGUGGUUGCAAGUUUUUUUUCGGUUCCGCGUUCUAUUAAAUUGUUCCACUUUAACUUAACGCAACUCAGAUAUUGAUAAGACCAUUUUGAGCGUGUUGCGAAUAAUAAUAUUCGUGUUAAAAUUACAAAUAUAUACCGGUUAAAUUUACGGACCAAGAGCAAAUGGAGACAUUUUUUAAUAAAAGCUUUAUGGACAUAUACAUAUAUAUUCUAUAAUAUUCUUGAUUGGAGUAGUUUUCACUCUUGGAGCGAGAAAUAUAAAAAGCUUACAACACUCACGGACUCAGGUCAUUUCGAUACGUCAUCUGUCAACAACUAAAAACAAAAUCGCUCGAAUUCCGAAUAUCCGUGUUUAUUCUUGCAGCUCAAAGAAAGAUGAUCAAAAUUGACUUUGCAUCAAUAAAGCCAUAUCUAAAAGAGGAGAAUUUUAUUGGGAAUGGCACCUAUGGACGUGUCUAUAAGGGACACUUAAAAUCAAAAAAAUUGGAUGUAGCCAUUAAACAAAUCUAUAAUAUAAAUAAGGAUGUGAGGCGAGAAAGUGAUAUCCUGAGAAAAAUUGAUAAUGAUCAUAUCAUCCAAAUAGUUGCCACUGUAUUUGACAGUGCUAAAAACAUGUAUUUGGUUUUGGAAUAUAUGAAUGGCGGUACCCUAUACCAAUUAGUACAUGACAAAAAUAAAAAUUAUAACUUCGUAGAUGUCAUGAACUGGUUCCUUCAGGCAGCUAAGGGUCUUAACUAUCUCCACACGCUUACACCGGUUAUAAUUCAUCGUGAUGUAAAGCCAGAAAAUAUGCUGCUGGAUGAACCAAGAAAAACACUAAAGUUUUGUGAUUUAGGGAAAGCCAGAGAAUUUAAUACGAUUAUGACGGAUAAAACGGGCACAGGCAUCUACAUAGCACCCGAGGUUUUAAAUAACUACCCUUACGACACGAAGUGUGAUAUAUAUAGCCUCAGUAUUUCCCUUGCGGAAACUCUGAUUCGUAAAAACCCAUUCCACAAAUUUCUAGACAAAUUCCAAAAGAAACCUGCUCCAUUAACAGUGGCUCAACAGAUAGGAAAUAUAGUUGAACGACCAGACAUAAGUGAGACUUUCGUCCCAUGUACCGAUGAAGUGCAAAAGCUUAUUACCAAGGGAUGGAGUGACACUGCUGCAGAACGACCCAAUGCGCAACAAUUUGUAAACCUGCUGACAAUGGAAUUGGCAAAUGAAGCACUCAAGCCCAACAGUGUUGAUUGAGUUCGGCUGCGUCUUCUAAUGAAUUGAGUGAAUGCAUAUGCUGCCCGAGAACUCGAAACUAAGCAUUUAAUCAUUUAAGUCGUUCUGAAUGACGCAUAGUUCGAUUUCGAAGAGUUACAAAUUGUUUUACAAUCAAGUAAAAUAAAUACUUAUAUUAUUUUAA